UGCCCGGACCAGCCCGCGCGCCGCCGCUUCCAGCAAGCAGCAGCGCCUGCCGGGUGGAGGGUCCAGUUCGCGCCGUGCGGACAAGGGCUGAGGCCAAGGCGGAGCGGCGCACGGGGGCAGCAAAGCCCCGGGGGAGGCGGCAACACCAUGGCCGGCCCCCCGCCGCCGCCCCCGGGCCAGGAGGCGCCCCGCUACCAAGAGUGGAUCUUAGACACCAUCGACUCGCUGCGCUCUCGCAAGGCGCGCCCGGACCUGGAGCGCAUCUGCCGCAUGGUGCGCCGGCGGCACGGCCCGGAGCCGGAGCGCACCCGCGCCGAGCUAGAAAAGCUCAUCCAGCAACGCGCCGUGCUCCGAGUCAGCUACAAGGGAAGCAUCUCGUACCGCAACGCUGCACGGGUCCAGCCUCCCCGCCGAGGUGGAGCGCCCGCCGCCAGUCCGGCGGCCCCGCAGCGCCCGGCCCGCACUUCCCCGCCCAGCGCUCCCGCCGCCACCGCGACGCCCCGGUCCUCCCAGCGUGCUGCGCCUCGCGCAGAACCAGUCGCGCCGCCGCCGCCGCCACCGCCUCCGCCUCGUCGGACCGGACGGGAGCGGCCGCCACCGCCCGCCGCCCAGGAGGAAUCCUCCCCCACUGAUCAGCGAGAGACUGGGCGCAACGUCAGGGUCGCCCCACGAGUGACUCGAGGCCGAACACAGGAGCUGCUUCAGGAGGAGAGGCUGGAAAGAACCCGCUUGGGUGGCGGCGGCGGCGGCGGCGGCAGCAGCAACAGCGUCGCUUUGCCCAGGGCGGAGAGAGGCGCGCAGGCCCGGGCCCCCAACGCCAGACCAUACAGGAAUAAGAAGGCAGGGGAGGAGAUCAAAGGUGAAGAAGACGAAGACGAAGAAGAGGAUGAAGUCUCCACUAUGUCUGAAGGCUCAGAGGUGGCACAAGAUUUUGAAGCCAGCAACUACAGUAGACCUGGGACAGGCCAGGUGAAUGGUAACUGUAAGGACAGCAAGCAUGGUGGGAAAGAGAUCCCACCCAGCAGUGCCACCCCCAGAGACCUGCACUCCCUAGAGGAAACAUCUUUGAACAAAGGAUUGGAGCAUUCUCAGCAUGAAGGAAAUGAGCAAUGUCACACAAAGGCCUCUUGGCCUGGAGAAAGUGCCUGUCACCAUCUGGGAGGCAGCAAGAAAGAUGGCAGUGUCUAUCAGCAACCAGACAGAGCAGUGUCGCCAGCUGUUGCAGGGGCUGAUCCCUCUGUGCCCUCAUCUCCUGGGAGACCUGGCAUCCAGGCAGAUGGGAGACCAUUCAGUUGCGUUUCAGUGAAAGAGAAGCCUUCUGACCCCGUGGAAUGGACUGUCAGUGACGUCGUGGAUUAUUUCACAGGAGCUGGGUUUGCUGAGCAAGCUUCGGCCUUUCAGGAGCAGGAGAUCGAUGGGAAAUCUCUGCUGCUGAUGCAGCGCACUGAUGUGCUUACUGGCCUCUCUAUUCGCCUGGGACCGGCCCUCAAGAUCUACGAGUAUCACAUCAAGGUCCUCCAGCAGUGCCACUUUGAAGAAGACGAGGGCGACUCCUUCAUGGGCUGAGGAGAACGGGCCAAGCCAGUGAGGGGGAGGGAGAGAACAACGCUACUGUCAACGCUACUGUCUCAGCCAUUUCAGCCUUCCUUUGCCUCUGUGAAAACAAGACAACCGUUGUGGGGAAGGGCAAGGGUCCUUGUGGGGAAGGGCAAGGGCUUGGACCGUAUCUGGUGAGAGGAGGGAGGCAGAAAUGAGGACCCAGCUUCCGUGGCAUCCCUAUCCCGGGUUAUCUGGUGAUCCAAAAGACUGGGCUCAGAGGGCUAGAAGCUCACUUUCUUCUCUCAUCUUGCCUAUCCAACCCGACCCCAAGCUUUCCACUCACCAUAGUGCAUUGUCUGUUUGGGGGGGAAGAUGAGGCAAUAUGGUUUUCCUCCUCUUCCCAAUCUUCACCUGAGCUGAAAUAAUUUAUGCUUCAGCAUCCAAAUGGCUUCUCCCUUCCCUCUCCCCAACAGUAGCAUUUGAUAGCCCUGAUUGCUCCUCCUUCCUUUCGGUGAUUGGUAAGAAAGAGUUUGCUGGAGGUACCGGGAGGUUUUAAUCAAAUAGCUUUUUAUUCUCUUUUCUGUUCAGGUAGCCUUUUCUUCCAAUUUUCAUGAUUGUUGCCCAGAGUCGGUUGCUUUUUAUUAUUUUUUUCUUCCCCAUUUUUUAAAAAUACAAAUAUUUAAACUGGAAAAAAAAAAAAAGAAUUAGUAUUCCCACAUACCUUAGCCCUCUAUGAAGGGUAAUGGAACCGCUGAAAUGACUGUAUGUUUAAAGGGCAAAAGUGUGCAAGAGGGCUCCAGAUUUUGGGUUCUGCUCUAGGGAGAAGUGUCAUCUGGUAAUCAAGUUUUGGAAAGAAGAAAGCAAGUGGGGGUAGAUUAUCUUCUGUCUAAUCCAUAGAUGGGAAUAGACUUUAAGGGUUCCACCUUAAUUUUCAGUAUUGUAAUCCGUGGGAUAAAAGCGCGGUAACCUUUACAUAAUCACCAAAAAGUCUAAAAUAAAUGUAGGAUUUAUAGAUGGGCUCUUUCCGGUGGGCAGAGAGUUAUAACUA